AUGAAUGUGUUAAUCCAUCUUUAUGCCCUGAGACAACAUCGUGCCCAAGGACGAAGUGACCGACCUGCAACCCAAGUCAUUGACUUGAGAUACAAGGUUAAACGGGAUUGGAGUCCGAACAGCUCCUAUGUGCUAACUCGCCGGAAGAUGGGUCGGUUCGAGAGGCUAUCGCCGGCCUCCAAAUGGUUUAGAAGGAUGAUACAUACAUCUCCAUUGGGUCCGAAUCUUAAUACGGAUCGGCGCUUACCGGACGUCACCCGGGCAGCCCGGAUGGUGUUCUACUGA